AUAGUGUGCCUCUAUUUGGGUUAUUUUAAUUUAAUAUUUCUAGUGUUCAUAGUAAAUCCUAAUAAUGUCUGAAAGUAUUAGAAAUUUAAAGAUACACAACACGUGUCGAAUAUGCCUAUUUACAACGGAUAAUGUUGAACAAUUUGUGUUCUUAAAUGAAGACAGUGUGUGGUUCGAACGUUUCGAGUUUUGUUUUGGUAUCAAAUUAUCAGCUCAAGAUCAGCAACAAGUAAUAUGUCUAAUGUGCUCCAUAGACAUAAAGAAGUUUAUAUGUUUUAAAGAGAAAUGUCUACAAUCACACCGACUAUGGGAAUCUUUGACAUCAGAUGUGAGGUGUAACAUUAUUAAAAUUGAUUGUAUUGACAAUACCAAAGAGGACAAGAUUACAAUUAAAUCAGAAAAAUUGUGUACAUCAUCUGACAAUGACUACGACUUCUUACCUGACGAUAAUAAUGCGGAUGACUUUAUCGAGAUUAAAAAUGAACACAAAGAAAAUGAUAAUUUAAGUAAAUAUGCAGCAAACAAUGAAAAGGAAUCAAAAGAUGUAGAAAUAUUGAAAAAUCUGCCAAAGAUUGUACAAAGUAAUAAAAUUAAUGAGAGUGCGGUGAUAGUAGACAAAAAAUUGUGGUCAUGUAAAAAAUGUCGCAAGAAAUAUUUACAAUGGGGCUCUUACCUUAAACAUAUAAAAACCUGUCGGACAAGGAAACAUCAAAGGAAACCGUGGUGCACUCCUGACUUUGUUUAUAACUGUGGUAAAAAAUAUGAUAGUAAUGUUAAUGUAAAAAAAGACAUUGAAGAUAAAAUGUGUACACAAAACAAUUUGACAAUAACUCAGAACAAUUCACUUUAUUCAUGUGGUCUGUGUAGCCAUAGUUUUGACAACAUGCAGGAUUUAUUUAAACAUCUGAGCGAACACUGGGAUAAUAAUGAUUUGACGUGUCAAGUAUGUGAUUUUGUUGGUGUCGAUUUAGCAGCUAUAAUGGCACAUAGGUAUUACCAUUACCCACGAGAAGGAAAAGUGCAUUAUGUUUGCCACAUAUGUAGGCAUGCAUUACCAUCUUUACUGUCCUUGCACUUCCAUUACCGAAAGAUUCAUUUAAGAAAGGUUGGUGGGUACUGCGCACAAUGUAAUAAGGACUUUCCCAAACUAUUGAUGUGGAGAAAACAUGAAAGAAGGAAACACAGCACUCCUAAAUACAUCUGUGAUAUAUGUGGAAAAGGAUAUAUUUUCAAGUACUCUAUAAAGGAUCACAUGAUUGAAAGCCAUUUGGGAAUAAAGCAGAACAUUUGUGAUAUUUGCGGGAACUGUUUUAAAAACAAAAGGUAUUUAGGGCUUCACAUAAACGUAGUACACACAAAAUCAGAGCCAUUAAAAUGUACACACUGUAAUAAAAUGUUCAAGAGUUACCAUACGUUACAUGUGCACCAAAGGAAAAUUAGUAUGGAGAAGAAUCAUAAAUGCGAAGUCUGUCAUAAAGCAUUUACGGACAGCAAUAGUUUGAGCUUGCAUAUGGUUGUGCACAGCGAUGUGCGGCCUUUUACGUGUGAUAUCUGUGGAGCCAGCUACAAAUACAAAACGCACUUAAACGUCCACAUGUACAAGCACACAGGAUUUCAUCCACAUAAAUGUCCUCAUUGCACCAAAACAUUUGCUACUACGUCACAAUUAAAAAGACAUUCUUCGGUCCACACUGGCGUUCGAAGUCACGCCUGCAUCGCCCAGAACUGCAUAAAAACUUUCCACUCGAAGAAACUCAUGUUGGCACAUUUACAGUCGCGGCAUAAGAAUGACAAUGCUGAACCGAAGUGAUUUAUUGGAGGAGAAAUGGUGAGAUUAUUGGUAUAAGCAUGUCUUAUUGUGAUAAAUAUUUUUGUUAUGUAGUUGUAAGUAGGUCAUUAAUAAAGAUUGUGAUUAUUUA